UCCCUCCCUCUCCCUCCCUCUCUCUCUCUCUCUCUCUCUCUUUUGUGAGUUAUAGCAACCGUUGCCUUGUGAAUCAAGCGCCAUAGUCACCGUAGUCCUGGCGACUGUUACCCAUCAACAACAACUACUCCUCUCCUCCUCCUCCUCCUCUUCCUCCUCCUCCUCCUCCUCCUCCUCCCCACCACCACCACCACCACCACCACCACUACCACCACCACCACCACCACCACCAUCAUCUCCAUCACCCACCAACAACACCACAAUAAUCCACAGCCAAGGUUACAGAUUGUUGAAGACUACCAAAAUUGACAGAUGAUAUUUAGAAAUAAGCAAGAAUAAAAGAGAUACUGAAAACUGAAGUGGGAUGAAAUCAGUAGAGAACUUAGAGAUAAAGCUAAGAGCCCAUCAUGCAGACAUCAGAGACUGGGUCGGACACAGGUUCCACAGUGACUUUACAGACGUCCGUGGCCAGUCAAGCAGCGGUGCCUACACAGGUGGUGCAGCAGGUGCCCGUGCAGCAACAGGUACAGCAGGUCCAGACUGUGCAACAGGUGCAGCACGUUUACCCAGCUCAGGUGCAGUAUGUGGAAGGAAGUGACACCGUCUACACCAAUGGAGCAAUCCGAACAACAACAUACCCUUACACCGAAACACAGAUGUACAGCCAGAACACUGGAGGGAAUUACUUUGAUACCCAAGGGAGUUCUGCCCAGGUGACGACCGUGGUCUCCUCCCACAGCAUGGUGGGCACUGGUGGGAUCCAGAUGGGCGUCACGGGAGGCCAGCUCAUCAGCAGCUCGGGAGGAACCUACCUGAUCGGCAACUCCAUGGAGAAUUCAGGGCAUGCGGUGACACACACCACUCGGGCCUCCCCUGCGACAAUUGAAAUGGCGAUUGAGACGCUGCAAAAGUCUGACGGUCUGUCCACUCACAGAAGCUCUCUGCUCAACAGCCAUCUCCAGUGGCUGCUGGACAAUUAUGAGACAGCCGAAGGAGUGAGCCUUCCCAGAAGCACCUUGUACAACCACUACCUUCGACACUGUCAGGAACACAAACUGGACCCGGUCAACGCUGCCUCUUUCGGAAAACUGAUAAGGUCCAUUUUUAUGGGGCUUCGGACCAGAAGAUUGGGCACUAGAGGAAACUCCAAGUACCAUUACUAUGGGAUUCGUGUCAAGCCGGAUUCCCCUCUUAAUCGUCUGCAGGAAGAUAUGCAGUAUAUGGCUAUGCGACAACAACCCAUGCAGCAGAAGCAAAGGUACAAGCCUAUGCAGAAAGUGGAUGGGGUCACAGAUGGUUUCACAGGAAGUGGUCAACAGACAGGCACAUCUGUUGAGCAAACUGUAAUUGCCCAAAGCCAACAUCAUCAGCAGUUUUUAGAUGCAUCGCGAGCCCUUCCGGAGUUUGGAGAAGUUGAGAUCUCUUCCCUGCCAGAUGGUACUACCUUUGAGGAUAUCAAGUCACUGCAGAGUCUUUAUCGAGAGCACUGUGAGGCGAUAUUGGACGUUGUUGUGAAUCUUCAGUUUAGCCUGAUAGAAAAAUUGUGGCAAACAUUCUGGCGCUAUUCUCCCACAACUCCAGCUGACGGCACUACCAUUACUGAAUCCAGCAAUCUGAGUGAAAUAGAAAGUCGACUUCCGAAAGCAAAGCUGAUCACUCUGUGCAGACAUGAGUCUGUCCUGAAGUGGAUGUGUAACUGUGACCACGGGAUGUACCAGGCUCUGGUGGAGAUCCUCAUCCCCGACGUCCUUAGACCUAUUCCUAGUGCCUUGACCCAAGCCAUUCGAAAUUUUGCGAAAAGCCUUGAAGGUUGGCUUUCUAAUGCCAUGAACAACAUUCCCCAGAGAAUGAUACAAACCAAGGUUGCCGCUGUAAGUGCCUUUGCCCAGACUCUGCGCAGGUACACGUCUCUCAACCACCUGGCCCAGGCAGCUCGAGCCGUGCUGCAGAACACCUCCCAGAUCAACCAGAUGCUCAACGACCUCAACCGGGUGGACUUCGCCAACGUCCAGGAACAGGCUUCCUGGGUGUGUCAGUGUGACGACAACAUGGUUCAGAGACUAGAAACAGACUUCAAGAUGACGCUUCAGCAGCAGAGCACUCUGGAGCAGUGGGCUGCGUGGCUUGACAAUGUGAUGAUGCAAGCAUUGAAACCCUACGAAGGAAGACCCAGUUUUCCAAAAGCUGCCAGGCAAUUUCUGCUAAAAUGGUCUUUCUACAGCUCAAUGGUUAUUCGGGACUUAACCUUACGCAGUGCCGCUAGCUUUGGCUCCUUCCACCUUAUCCGUCUACUCUACGAUGAAUACAUGUUCUACUUGGUAGAACAUCGUGUUGCUCAGGCAACUGGAGAGACACCUAUAGCAGUCAUGGGCGAGUUUGGUGAUUUAAAUGCUGUGUCUCCUGGAAAUCUGGAUAAAGAUGAAGGCAGUGAAGUGGAGAGUGAAAUGGAUGAAGAACUGGAUGAUUCUUCAGAGCCUCAAGCCAAAAGAGAGAAGACGGAGCUAAGCCAGGCCUUCCCCGUGGGCUGCAUGCAGCCCGUGCUGGAGAGCGGCGUGCAGCCCAGCCUCCUGAACCCCAUCCACAGCGAGCACAUCGUCUCCAGCACUCAGACUAUCCGACAGUGCAGCGCCACGGGAAACACCUACACUGCCGUCUAAGGGACAGGCCAGCGUGUUCUUGUAGCUUGCGUUAGCCCUGCUGAUACCGGGCUUAAGUUGAAACGUGAAUAAGCCUGAAGGUGGACUGUUGUCACAUUCUAUCUGUGCUGAACAUUACCUUUUUUUGGAGUUGUGGAAUGGAAUGGGUGUAUGUAUUUUACAAGGUCUUUGUUUUUUUUAACAUAAACAAAUUAUUUGCCUCUUAAUAAUAAGAGUUUUUUUUUCUUUUGCCCUUAGUUUCAGGUGUCAAGAAGGAUUUUUUACAACACUUAAUGUCGAUUUUUUUUUUGUUUUAAUAAUUUACAUUUUUUUGGUAGCUGAAAAUAUUGUUGAUUGUUAGUCUUGGUGUAUGAUUUUAUGUGUAAGUUUUUUUAAAUUAGAUGCACUUCUGUGAAAUAUCAAAAGAAAUGAAUUUCUUUGAUUGACACUGGAGGCAUGCCCAUUCGACGGCGGAUGCGUCAGCUUUGCUGCUGAGAGGUGCUUGUCAUUCGACAGACCAGGAGACACUAUUUUGCUAACUUUUUUUGUAGUAUGGCAAGAGAAUACAGAGCCUUUUUAUUACCUUGCUAGAGGGUUGGGAAAGGUCAUUUAUUUUUCUCUGAAGAAAAACCGAGCUGUGCAUUUAGCAGUUGAGAGUAAAUGACAGAAUUCCAAGAGAUGACGCUACUCUGUACGUAAGUUGUGUACAUAGCUCUGAAAGCAUGUUCACCACGCAAGCUUCCGUUAACCACUGAGUCGUAACUCUUCUUUGCGUCCCAAUCCCUCUGUUUCAAGACUACUGAUUCUGUAUUUGGGACCACUGCACAGAUGCAUCCUGCUGGCGAGCGGGGCUGUUAGUUAGAUACUGAAGCUGAAAGAUGACUUGACUUUUUUUUUUUUUUUAAAUGUUCAUGCUACUUAACGCUGAGCUGGACAUACAGGAAAGCAUUCCAUUUGGAUGACUUUCUUUUACUCCAGGUCAUUUUUGUUUCCUAAUAGUAGUUCAAUGUGCUGCUAUUAUAAAAGAAAGUUUAUAGAGGUGCAAGGAAUGUAGCAACCUGCAUAUUGUUAUUUCCUUCAAAAAAAAAAAAAUCAUUCCUGGUUUCUAAAGUACAUGGAUUUCCAUUUGAACCAGAACCUGAAGGCAGUGGUACGCUGGCACACCUCACUGUUACUGUUUCCCAAUUCUGUAGGGUUUGGAUAGGUGGCUGGAUGGACCAUUGCCAUUGAAGAAUGUACAUCAGGGAUCACCGUACCUCGGCUAUUACAUGGUGCCUUAAAACAGAACUGAAGCUAAGGUUUAGUAAGGUUUCUUUUGUUCAUGUAAGUGACUCUUCAAUCCAUUUGACAAGUGUGCCUGUCAUUUUCAGAUUCCUGAAGUAAGGACGGGUUACAUGUUCCUCCAAGGAAAUGUAGGGGGAAACCAAGCAAAACACAGAAGAUGAAAAAUCGCUUUUUCUCUCUUGAGUUGACCGUGAACCGAUUUUUUUUAUUCUUAGAGCUGAUUAUUAUUCCUUGGUUACAAAUGAAGUUGCUUAAGGAUAUGGAGUAGCAGGCUAGUUUUAAAACCAACUUGUUAACGUAAAAUUACAUGUAUGUUUUAGACCCUUCUUAUCUAAUUACAAUGCUAGAAAGUUAACAGAGUAAGCAGGAACUUAUCGAAGUGCAUCUUUUCUGUAUCGAUGUUUCUGUCUGUGUGUCUAGCUGUCUGUGUGUCCACGUACACACCCGAGAGACCGGUGUCGGGGUCAGGGAGGGACAGGUGUCUGCUGCGUGUCUUGUCAGUUCCUGGAGAGGGAGCACCCACCCGCUUUUGAUUUGCAUGGGAAGCACUCCAUUUUCGAAUCCCAAGGACAAUAAAGGCACAUCCAUUCAUUGAAGUAGUUGUAAAAGUCAAAUCAGAAAACAUAAAACAAUGAAAGGGAAGCACAAAAUGAUGGACGGAUUAGUGACGAAGCCUAAAGUCCAGAUGUUUAUCAUUCCAGUUGUGUGGGACAGGACAGGGAGGGAGGGUUGGGGAUUAGCGAGAAGACAGUGGGCCAGUUGGUAAAGUAAAAAAUGGCAAAUGGUUCAUCUGCUGACACACAGUAUAUUCAAGCUGGUGUUGCUUGAUUGCUUCACAGGGCUCAGAUAAGAUCCACAAAGUUGCUUAGGUAACAUUUUAAUAUUAUUAGUGUAACUUUUAAGUGGAUUCCAAUGUUGCAUUACACAUCCAAUUCCUGUAUUUGUAGCCUUUACUAGUAUCCUGAUGUAUCGCCUUGAUCUAAUGUCGUUUAAAUGAAUGUGGCCCUUUCCCUCCCAGAAAAGAAGCCUGUAAGUUGACUGACUCUC